AUGGCUUUCAAAUUCGUAGUAUUCGCUGCUUUCGUAGCUGUAGCUCGUGCCGGUAACAUCGGCUACGCUGCCCCAUUGGCCUACGCCGCCGCCCCAGCCUCCGUCUCCAGCUACUCUACCCAAACUGUAUCUCACUCUGCUCCAGUCGUAUCCACCUAUGCCGCCGCUCCAGUCGUAUCCACCUAUGCUGCCGCUCCAGCCGUACACACCUACGCUGCCGCCCCAGUUGCCGUAGCCGCUCCAGUUGUAACCAAAACCGUCGUAGCCGAUGCUCCAGCUCAAUACGACUACGGAUACUCCGUAAGCGACCCCCACACCGGAGACCACAAAUCUGCCGUCGAAAGCCGUCGCGGAGAUUUCGUCCAAGGUCAAUACUCUCUCGUAGACUCCGACGGAACACAAAGAACCGUAGACUACACCGCCGAUGCCGUUAACGGAUUCAACGCCGUAGUAAACAAAUCUCCACUCGCUGUAGCCGCCGCUCCAGUUGUCGCCGCCACCUACGCCGCUCCAGCUGUAGCUGCCCCAGUUGCCUACUCUGCCGCUCCAGCUUACGCUCACACCUACGCUGCUGCCGCUCCAGCCUACGCUCACACUUAUGCCGCCGCUCCAGCCUACGCUCACACUUACGCCGCCGCACCAGCUUACGCUCACGCCUACGCUGCCGCCCCAGCCCUCACUCAAGCCUGGUAA